AUGGACAUAAUGUUCGCGAUUAUCAAGCGAAAGCUGAGCAGAAGUAUAAAUAGUGUUGAUGAGAACAUGAAUGAAACAAAAUCCAGCACAUCAUCGUAUCUCAAAAGAAAGACAUCGGUGGCGAAGGACACGGUUCCGGUGAAAAAAGGCAAAGAAUUAGUGCUUGCAAUGCCAUCCACAUCCAAGGCAUUUCCACCGGAGUUCAACAGGAUGGGGAUCAAGGAGCCGAUAGAAAUCGAUUAUUCCCGAAUUCCAAAAGGUUUCAAACUUGGAGAGCUUGCUGGGUACAAAUUUGCGGGAAUUGUCCAAGCCAACCUCUACGAUAAGUAUGAAAUCCAAAUCUACUGUCGGCUCUUCGAACACUUUGCCUGGUACCCAUUCUACAUAUUUCCUGAAGAAUGCUACGUUUCUGCUCAUGAUCUUGCUGUCUCACAAAUCGAAUAUUACCGGCUAUCCCCAUACGAAAAGCUUCGAAUGUCUCUUUCACGACCUAAUAGUACUCCUGACGAAGACGAAGAAUGCUUAAAAUACUCUUAA